AUGAGUGCGCACAGACAAACCCACUGGCCAGGAGGAGCCAACACAAGGUCCCGGGCAUCUCCGUCCCGGGAAGGUGGGUAAAUGCCCUUGUCGCUCUGGACUCCAGGGCGCGCCCCCGCAGCUUCCCCAGCGGGGUCUGACGCCUCGGGGCCGAGGUGCGCCAGGUGGCGAGGGUGCCAGGCGCGGCCAAGUCGCGGCGGUCUGAGUCAGUCACCCAACUAUGCUGCGGAACCAGGGCGGCCGGCUGGGCCGCCCCCGCCGUUGAGCUCCGGCUUCCCCCGCGCGGGUAGGCUGCUCCCCGCCCCCGCGGGCGGAGGGGAAGCGGCGGCCGAGGCGAGGCGCGGGAGCACCUGAGCAAGGCGCGGGCGCCGGGCUCGGCGUUUCCGGAGCUGAGCGCGGGUCCGCGGCCCGCGCUCCCCGCGCUCUCCGCCUCCAGGUGCGGCGGCCGCGACACGCCGGCCCCACUAACAGCGCCGGCCCCACUAACAGCGCCGCCCGCGCGGCCGCCGCCAGGCAGCAGAGGCGGCUGCCGACAGCCGGCGGGGACCAGGAAGGAGGAGGCCUGGCGCCUCGGGCAGAGGGGCGAGGACCGAGCGCCCAAGGCUGGGAGAGACGCCGGCGCUGGGCUUCCCAGGCCGCCUCACCUCGCUUUUCGAACUCCGCGACCCGCGCGUAAGGCUUAAGCACGUAAAGCAGUCACUGUGAAGAAAAUAACAUUUUAAGAAACUUUUCUGUCACAAUUGAUAGAGGAAAAGCCAGUAGAGAAGUGCGUCUUCUUGUGUGUGUGUAUCAUCGUGCCACUUUUUGUAACUCAGCUUAGUAAUGAAGCCACCAUUAUGUCCUCAGUCAGUGAAGUAAAUGUGGAUAUAAAAGAUUUCCUAAUGAGCAUUAAUUUGGAGCAGUAUCUCUUACAUUUCCAUGAGUCUGGUUUUACUACUGUGAAGGACUGUGCAGCAAUAAAUGACAGCCUGCUGCAGAAAAUUGGAAUAUCACCUACAGGUCACCGUAAGAGGAUACUCAAACAGUUACAGAUAAUCUUGUCAAAAAUGCAAGAUAUUCCAAUAUAUGCAAAUGUUCAUAAAACUAAGAAGAAUGAUGACCCUUCAAAGGAUUACCAUGUUCCAUCUUCUGAUCAGAAUAUCUGCAUAGAACUUUCCAAUUCUAGUAGUGUUCAGACAUCUAGCCCACCGCAGUUGGAGACUGUUACAAAAAAUCUUGAAGACAAUGAUGCAAGUGUGGAAAGAAGCCAGUAUCCUCAAUCAGAUGAUAAGCUGUCUCCUCCUAAAUGCGACUUCCCCACUGCAGAGGAACCACACCUGAAUUUGGGUUCUUUGAAUGAUUCUUUAUUUGGUAGUGAAAAUAUUAAAAUAGAAUCGUUGAUUACAAAGAAGACUAUGGAUCACACAAUUGAAGAACAACAAACAGAAAAAGUUAAAUUGAUCACAGAAAAUCUCAGUAAGCUCCCUAAUGCAGACUCUGAAUGCCUUUCUUCUGUUGGCUGUUCAACAUCAGGAACAAAUUCUGGAAAUGGAACAAAUGGUUUAUUAGAAGGAUCACCACCACCAUCCCCAUUCUUUAAGUUUCAAGGAGAAAUGAUUGUAAAUGACUUGUAUGUUCCAUCAUCACCAAUCCUAGCACCUGUGAGAAGUCGUAGCAAGUUGGUUUCAAGACCAUCUCGAUCUUUUCUGCUAAGACAUCGACCUGUACCAGAGAUUCCAGGGUCAACAAAAGGAGUUUCUGGGAGCUAUUUCCGUGAAAGAAGAAAUGUUGCUACCUCAACUGAAAAAUCUGUGGCAUGGCAAAAUUCAAAUGAGGAGAAUUCAUCUUCCAUCUUUCCUUAUGGAGAGACCUUUCUCUUCCAGAGACUAGAAAAUUCCAAGAAGCGAUCUAUAAAGAAUGAAUUUUUGACCCAGGAAGAAGCACUGAAAGGGGAAGCAACUACUGCAACAAACUCUUUUAUCAUCAAAUCAAGCAUAUACGAUAACAGAAAGAAAAUAAGCGAGGACAAAGUGGAAGAUAUUUGGAUACCUCGAGAGGACAAAAACAAUUUUUUGAUAGACACUGCUUCUGAAUCAGAAUACUCAACAGUAGAAGAAUGCUUUCAGAGUUUAAGAAGAAAAAAUUCAAAGGCAUCUAAAUCUAGGACUCAAAAAGCCUUGAUUUUGGACUCCGUUAAUAGGCACAGUUAUCCGUUAAGCUCAACAAGUGGAAAUGCUGAUUCAUCAGCCGUUUCUUCGCAGGCAAUAUCUCCCUAUGCUUGCUUUUAUGGAGCAUCUGCAAAGAAGGUUAAAUCAGGAUGGCUGGAUAAACUCUCUCCUCAAGGAAAACGCAUGUUUCAGAAGAGAUGGGUGAAAUUUGAUGGCCUUAGCAUUUCUUACUACAAUAAUGAGAAGGAGAUGUAUUCGAAAGGAAUAAUUCCCCUUUCUGCUAUAUCAACAGUACGAGUUCAAGGAGACAACAAAUUUGAAGUUGUUACAACACAAAGAACUUUUGUUUUUAGAGUAGAAAAAGAAGAGGAGAGAAAUGACUGGAUCAGCAUACUAUUAAAUGCACUGAAAUCACAAUCCCUUACCUCGCAGUCUCAAGCUGUUGUUACACCUGAGAAAUGGGGAUAUCUUGAACUGAGAGGCUAUAAGGCAAAAAUUUUUACUGUGUUAAGUGGAAACAGUGUGUGGCUUUGCAAAAACGAACAGGAUUUUAAGAGUGGACUUGGUAUUACCAUAAUUCCUAUGAAUGUAGCAAAUGUAAAGCAAGUGGACCGAACUGUGAAACAAUCUUUUGAAAUAAUCACUCCCUAUAGGAGUUUCAGCUUUACAGCCGAGACUGAAAAAGAGAAACAAGACUGGAUUGAAGCUGUGCAGCAAUCAAUAGCAGAAACUCUCUCUGAUUAUGAAGUAGCUGAGAAGAUUUGGUUCAAUGAAUCCAACAGGAGCUGUGCAGAUUGUAAAGCCCCAGAUCCUGACUGGGCAUCCAUCAAUCUCUGUGUUGUCAUCUGUAAGAAGUGUGCAGGACAGCAUAGAUCUUUAGGACCAAAAGAUUCCAAGGUUAGAAGUCUAAAAAUGGAUGCUAGCAUUUGGAGCAAUGAACUCAUCGAGCUUUUUAUUGUCAUUGGAAACAAAAGAGCAAAUGACUUUUGGGCUGGUAAUCUUCAAAAGGAUGAAGAAUUACAUAUGGACUCACCAGUAGAAAAGAGAAAAAACUUUAUUACUCAGAAAUAUAAAGAAGGAAAAUUCAGAAAAACCUUUUUGGCAUCUCUCACCAAAGAAGAAUUAAAUAAGGCUCUGUGUGCUGCUGUAGUGAAACCGGAUGUUCUAGAAACAAUGGCUUUGCUGUUCAGUGGAGCAGAUGUCAUGUGUGCCACUGGAGACCCCGUGCAUAGCACCCCCUAUCUGCUAGCCAAGAAGGCUGGGCAAAGUCUGCAAAUGGAAUUUCUCUACCAUAACAAAUUCUCAGAUUUCCCUCAACAUGAUAUUCAUUCCGAGGGUGUAUUAAGUCAAGAGUCUUCCCAGUCCACAUUCCUUUGUGACUUUUUGUAUCAAGCUCCUGCUGCUGCUUCUAAAAUCUCUUCGGAGAAAAAACUGCUUGAAGAGACAAAUAAAAAAUGGUGUGUUUUGGAAGGAGGCUUCUUGAGUUACUAUGAAAAUGAUAAGUCUACCACACCUAAUGGCACCAUUAAUAUCAAUGAAGUUAUCUGCCUGGCUAUACACAAAGAGGACUUCUAUUUAAAUACUGGGCCCAUCUUUAUCUUUGAGAUCUACUUACCCUCAGAACGUGUGUUUUUAUUUGGAGCUGAAACAUCUCAAGCUCAAAGAAAAUGGACAGAGGCAAUAGCCAAGCAUUUUGUUCCCUUAUUUGCUGAAAACUUAACAGAAGCUGACUAUGAUUUGAUUGGUCAACUCUUCUACAAAGACUGCCAUGCCCUGGAUCAGUGGAGAAAAGGCUGGUUUGCUAUGGACAAAUCCAGCUUGCAUUUUUGCCUUCAAAUGCAAGAAGUUCAGGGAGAUAGAAUGCACUUAAGAAGACUGCAAGAGCUAACAAUCAGCACAAUGGUUCAAAAUGGGGAAAAACUGGAUGUCUUACUCUUGGUAGAAAAAGGGAGAACAUUAUACAUCCAUGGGCAUACCAAGUUGGAUUUCACAGUCUGGCAUACUGCAAUUGAAAAAGCAGCAGGUACAGAUGGUAAUGCUUUACAAGAUCAGCAGCUCAGCAAAAACGAUGUUCCCAUUAUAGUGAACAGCUGUAUAGCAUUUGUUACACAGUAUGGUUUAGGAUGCAAAUAUAUCUAUCAAAAGAAUGGUGAUCCUUUGCAUAUAAGUGAACUCCUGGAGAGUUUCAAAAAGGAUGCAAGAAGCUUUAAAUUGAGGGCUGGAAAACAUCAGCUUGAAGAUGUGACGGGUGUAUUGAAAAGUUUUCUCUCUGACAUUGAUGAUGCAUUGCUUACUAAGGAGCUCUACCCAUAUUGGAUCUCUGCUUUAGAUACGCAAGAUGACAAGGAAAGAAUUAAAAAAUAUGGAGCAUUUAUACGUUCUCUUCCAGGGGUCAACCGAGCAACACUAGCAGCUAUCAUUGAACACCUGUAUAGGGUUCAGAAAUGCUCAGAAAUCAAUCACAUGAAUGCCCAUAGUUUGGCCUUGGUCUUUUCAUCCUGUUUGUUUCAAACGAAGGGACAAACUAGUGAAGAAGUGAAUGUAAUUGAGGACCUAAUUAAUAAUUAUGUAGAAAUAUUUGAGGUUAAAGAAGAUCAAGUCAAACAAAUGGACAUAGAAAAUAGCUUUAUUACCAAGUGGAAAGACACCCAAGUUUCCCAGGCUGGAGAUUUGUUAAUUGAAGUAUAUGUAGAAAGGAAGGAACCUGACUGUAGUAUUAUAAUUCGGAUAUCUCCUGUGAUGGAAGCAGAAGAAUUAACUAAUGAUAUAUUAGCAAUAAAAAAUAUUAUUCCUACAAAAGGUGAUAUUUGGGCCACAUUUGAAGUCAUUGAAAAUGAAGAGCUAGUGAAUCACAUAUUUUGUUGUCUUUCAUCUCCAAGAUGCCUAGGAAUAAAGGGAGCAUUUAAAGCACCUUGACUACCCCAACAGUCAAGUGCUGAAUGAACUUAACAUUUUAAUGACACCAUGUGGUUUCAAAGGCCUCCAGAAAAAAAAAUAAGAUAAAGAAUGUCUUUAUACCUUCACCAUCUGUCUAGCUGCUACCUACUAAGGUCUUGGGACACUUUGGAGUAUAGCUGCCAAACUGCUAAAAGGAAAAUCUUGCCACCCUCAAGCUCAGGAUAAAAAUUAAAAUUCAAUGUUGAAAAUACCCCAUAGUGUGUUAUUAGGAGUGUUGCAAUCAGUGAUAAAAUGAAAUGGGAUUGUCAGUACUUUGUCUUUAUGUUUUUAUCCCUGUAUUAUGAUUGUGCAUAGUUCUUUAAAAUUUAAAACGUUUCAAUGUUAUUUUCAAAUGUACAUUGCCAAGAUCUAAUGACUAUGGUACUUUGAUGUCAGUUCACAGUGUCUCCCUCAAUCGGUCUCAAUCCUCCUCGUGCACAGAAAUACUCUGGCAAAUGACUCCUAUGACCCCCCAACUGUCAAGUCCCCCGAUUCACAUCUGGGUUCACUUUACCUGACCUUCUAUGGCGUUAUUGUUAAUGACUCUUCCCUUUUUAUCUGAUGAUCUUCACUCUGCUUUCCAUACUGCCUGGAUUCUCUGCAUGAUUUUCUGAUCAUUUUACCUCUUUUGUAGAUUCUCCUUAUUCUGUUUUCUAAACAUUGGGUUUUCCUUGCUGCAACCUCCUUUGCCAUUUUUUCUCAUGUUACCUGUUUUAUUUUUUAUUAUUAUUAGAUAAUCUCUUCUAUUUUUUGUGCUUGACUAACAUGUAUGAAAUGGUGUUCCCCAAAUAUACCUUUGUUCUUCCUCCAUCUGGCUCACACUAUUACCUCUUUUAAAACCUAGACUAAAAGUUUCAUUGUACUUUGUCUCAUUUCUCUUUAUAGUACUUAUCACCUUGAUUUGUACUUGUCUCUUUUGAUGGGGGUUCCCUGGAAAGUAGGAGCAAUUCUGUUUUUUUUUUUUUUUAAUCUCUAAUGUCUAGCAUAGUGCCUAGUAUAUAGUAGCCAUAAAAUCUAUUGAAUAAGUGAGGCAUGAUUUUCUAUGACUCUGUGGUACAAGGGUGACAAAGUUUUUAUUUUUUGUCUUUAAUUGUAAAGAAUGGGUCACUCGGUUACCAGCUUUGUUAUAUUUGUGUGUAAACGUUAACUGUCAGCAUUAUUGCCAGAAAUAUCUUUCCACAUUACAAAUUGGUUUACAUUGUUCCACCACGUAAAACCCUUUUAUUAUUUCCUCAUUGCAUAUUCGUCCUUCACAGUCUAAGUAAAAUGUCUCUUCCUUCAUGAUGUUUACACUGAUUUCUUAUCAUUUGUUUAAAAAUCUAUAAUACUGCAUACUAUAUGACUUAUAGAAUAGUAAUGUGUAUAUACCUGGUUCUGCCCUAGACUAUACUUUUUUUAGGGCAUUUACCAUGUGUUUUAGGCUUUAUAUUUUUGACUACUUCUCAUAGUGCAGUUGAUGUGGAUCAAACUCCACAAAAGCCUUUUCAACUGAAGUGGGGCAAAAAAGCAGACGCAUUCUGGACCUGAGUGAUAUGGAUUGUGGUUCCUGGUAUAGAUGCAUCCAAAUGUGGGAGGCACAUAGACAGAGAUCUCUGUCUGUAGAUUAAGAACCAUGAAGAGAUCUCAAGGCCCUGUUUAGUGCUUGGACAGAUGAUUGUCUCCUACACGCUUCUAUUUCUGCUGCUUUUUAAAAGUUUGAUAGCAGAAUACUGAAUUGUGGAUUUAGGGGUAGGCAUCCCCUCCCUACCUCCCCUGCCCUCUCAAAGUUUGAGUACACUAAAGCAUAUCUGUGUGCCACUGGAGCUCUGUGUCUCUGGCUGCUGGCCAUCUUAAGAGGAGCAAGCAGGUGGAUGAGGAUAGGAAAGAAUUAUAUAUAGCUAGAAGAGGGGUUGCAUUAUACCAAGAAACAUUGUUUUGAAAUCUUAUCUUGAGCAAUCAAGGGAUGUUUACCCUCAGAAUGACUAAUUAUAAACUUGAAUGUGAUAAUUAGUAUAUAAAAUGCUAAGAUUGAAUUGGAUUUUUUCUUAUUUUUACUUCUAAUUAAAAUAAAGUUGUCUUUAUGCCAAGAUAUCUAAAAAACUAGGAGACAUCAAGUUUUGAUUUGUGAAUGUGUCAAUGUAUAAACAAAGAAAUGUGUCAUGUACACCUAGAAGGAAUACCCUUAGAGUUAAGAAUUCAAAUUUGGCAUGGUCUUAAUGUUUGGUCAACUGUACAAGUAGAAAUUGCAGGAAGAGAAAACCUUCCAGAGGAAUAAUGGUAGGAGAGCAACAAAAGGGCCUGUGGUUAUGUGGGUUUACUGAAGCCAGUGGGACAUGUGUGUACCACAUGUCGAAGGCUUUAUAUCUAGUAACAUGCAGGGAAGAUAAAGUGAAAUAUGAGAAGGAGAUAAAAGUAAAGGCAUAGGUAGUAAGAAGGUUGUAGUUGAGAAGAAUGUCAGCCAGGCAGUUGGUGUGUUUUCUAAUGUAAACAUAAAUCCUCCAAGUAAUGCAGUAAAAAAAUGAAUGAAUGAAUAUAUAAAUUUAUAAAUAUGUAAGCCAGAGUGCUAGAUUUUAAGUAUCUGUAUAUUUUAAAGCAGGAGUUCUCUAUAUCCAGUGUUUCCUUUGUAUAAUAAAUGUUUGGUAAUCUUCCUUUUACUGUCCUGAGAUAACCUAUUGUACUCAUUAAAAAUUAAUACCCUAAUUAAAAUAUAAAAAUAAAGGGAACAUAUGCAUUAUUAGCAUGUAAAUUCUGGGAAACUCCUAUAUGCUUGAAGAUGAUGAAAAGAGAUUCUUAAACCUGUAAAUGGAAUCACCAUGGAUGUGGCAGCUACUAAUUCAGAUUGCUAUAAUCAUGUACAUUUUUUUUUUCACUUAGAUGAUAUUUCACCAUUACUGUCAUUGGUGAGAUGGUGCACAACUUUUCAGGGAGUUCUGACUAAACAGCAUAAUCAUCUUUUUUUGUUUAUAUGGUAGUCAGAUUCGUGGGAAAAAAUGUUAUAACCAUUUAAAACAUUUUAAUAUUUUUGACGUUUUCAUUUUAUAUUACAUUGGUAUGAAAUAUACAUUAAGCUGAGUUAGAUUCUCUUCCAUAAGAGCCAGUCAUCCAAAAUAUGCUAUUAUUUUAAUGCUUUACCUUAAAUCCGAACCCAUCCUCUGCCAAUGUAGACCCCUUUACCCUCUAGGUUUUUCACAUCUUGAAAGACAUUUAACUGCUGAAGGCCCUCAUUUAAAUAGGCUUCACUGAGAGAUCCAAGUUUGCGAAGCAGUCACUUUUUAUGCAGUAAUAUCAGAGAAAGAUGGCCUUGUUUCUUCCUCAUACCUACUAUGAUGUGGAAGAUCUGUUUAUUUUUUAUUAGGAUUAUUUCUAGCUAUUCCGACUGACACAUAAACUGCUGUUAUCUUCUGAUUAUGUGGACAGGGCAGACAUUGUUUUUCACUUUGCAUAUGUUACCCAAGAAAACAAAUUACAUGUGAGAAAACCAUCAUGGGAAGGCUUACAUAUGUGUCCAGAAUAAAAUUAACUAUAAUAGUUAUGAUUUUGGACUUUAAAGUCAGAUAGGUUUGGGAUGCACAUCUCUGUUCCUCACCUUAACCAGCCAUGUGACUCGAGGCAAGGGGCUAAACCUUUGUGAUCCUUAGUUUUCCUUACAUGUGAAAUAUGAAUAAUAAUAUCUAGUGAAGCGUGUUAUUGUGAAGUUUGAAAGUGAUAACUAAAGCAUCCAGUAUAUAUAAUGCCUGAUACAUAAUUGUUAUUCCAUAAAUGGCAAUCUUUAUUGGGAUCAGUAGUAUCUCAAAGCUUGCAAGUAGUAGGCGGAGGGGGAGGGAUAGCAUUAGGUGAUAUACCUAAUGUAAAUGACGAGUUAAUGGGUGCAGCACACCAGCGUCGCACAUGUAUACAUAUGUAACAAACCUGCACAUUGUGCACAUGUACCCUAGAACUUAAAGUAUAAUUAAAAAAAUGUAUUUAAAGCCAUACAUAAAGGGAGUGCUUAUUUUAUAAUUAGUUUUACCUUCAAAUACAUCUAGCUUCAAUUAGAAGACAACAAACUUAUGAGUUAGUUAACAACUGAAUUAUAACGUUGGCAAAUUGUGAGCAGUUAUGAUCUUUGCCCAAUCUUUUAGAAAAUUGUUUGAAGAAAAGUAAUAUUGACAUAGCACAAAAGAUUUUAUCUGGCUUUAUGAUGACUCAUUUUAUCUGUGAGUCUUUCUGUUAAUAUGUUUUUUUGAUUUAUGGGCCAUCAAAGAAAAUAAUGCAAUAAUUUGUCAAAUAUUUAUUGAGCAUUUAUUAUAUACUCAAUACUAUGCUGUGAAUAGGGGAUAUAUAAUAGUAAACAAGAUGUAUAUUU